CUCGUCACACACACUCCAAAAUCAACACCAGUUCUGUGCCCACUCGAAAACUCACCUAAAAAACCCUAAUUCCGGAGGAAAAAAAUGAGAAGUAAAUACGGCGGCGGGCACCGGCGCAUUUCAAAAUCACCUCAGAGACCUCCCUCAUCCUCCACUCUACGUCCAUUUCCUCAAUUGAGUCCGGAUGAAGCUCAUAGUGAUAAAGACGAUGCUAAUUUAAGUGAAAAAUCAAGCAGAAGCGAUGAUGAUGUGGGUACCAGUGGUGAUUGGAUGGAGGUAGAUGCAUGUUUAAGCUGUAAUAAGCGUGGGAAAUCGAAAUUGUUGGUUUGUUGUGUGAUUGGCUGUCCAGUUUCUAUUCAUGAAAAGUGUGCAAAUUUUAAGCUUGCUUUUGAUGACUCGGGUAGGUUUUGUUGCCCUUACUGUUCUUAUAAACGGGAGGUUGGUAGGGCUAAAGAGCUUUUUCGGAAGGCUAUGUUGGCAAAGAAGGCGUUGUUGGGUUUUAUAGAUCCUGAAAUGGUGGGUGGUGAGGCUAUGGGUGGUAAAGAGAAGCGAAAUGGAGGGGAAAGAGCGGAAUUUGAUGGUGCUGAAAAUAGAGAUUCGCUGGUGGAGGAUGGUGGGGAUGGUCUCAAGGUAAGUGAUUGUGAUCGUUGUGAAGUGAUGGUUGAUGAUGAAAUGGAUGGUGCUUUGCCUGGUGCUGUUAACGGUAGUGACAAUGGACAUAAGAGUCAAGAGGAGAAAAUACCGGGGAUUGAGUCACUUGAGGAUUCAAUCAGCAAUGAAAUUAGGGAUGAGAGAAAUAUAUCUGAAACUCAUGAGUUUGAGACCUUAGAAGGUGAGGAAGGGAAGCAAGAACGGGAAAAGGAUGGCAGAAUUCUUGAGGGUGGAGAGCGAGCAGAAUCUUCAAAGGAUCAUUAUGUAGAGAAAGAAAAAAAACAGAUGCAGCAGGAUGGAUGUGAAGACGAAGAACAAAAAGAACAAGAACAAAAGCAUCAGAAUGGAUGUGAUAACAAAGAACAAGGUCAAUGUGUGGGAGAAGAACAAGUGCACCAUGAUGCACGAGAAGCCAAUUCUGGCGGAGGAGUUGCUGCACCUAAGGUUCCUCAUGUUUCUGAUUCGGACACUGGGAAAUCUGUUGUGCUUCGGAGGCGUGUCAAGCAUAUUGGUAAGAAGAAAAUAGCAGAGUCUCUGGAUGCCAAACUUUCAAAGGAAGCACCUCCUCAACCACACACCAUUGAUGAAAAUGAAGCUAAAAUCCAAAAAGAGAAAGUUAUCCUCUACAAAGAGCCCAGACAACGCCUGGAAUCUCCUAAGAUAUCCUCCAACCUUUAUCCUCGUAAUGAAAAGCGUCAAAGGUUGAAUUGGACAGCUGAUGAGGAAGACACACUAAAGGAAGGAGUGGAGAAAUUUGCUAUACCAGGAAACAAAAAUACUCCAUGGAGAAAAAUUUUGGAGUAUGGUCAUCGUGUUUUUGAUUCAACUCGAACUCCCACUGAUCUCAAGGAUAAGUGGAGGAAUAUGACAAAAUAGGCCAACCGCUGGGCGACUGGCUUUUUGGUUACGCUGUUCGGUAAGGAAGUCAACCAUGUAAUUGUGGAGCGUAUGCUUCUCAGUUUUUGCUGCCUUGUUGGGAUGUAAAUUUGUGCACUCAAUCAUGGCCGCACGCUUUGUUUUUGUAGCUUUACUAUGGUAGUGCUUAGUGCUUGAAAUUGUGCUUGUAAUUGUUUUUUAAA